CUACCAUCUGGUAGCUGAUGGUAGUGGUACGCUACCACUAUCACUAGUAAGCUACCAGAUGGUAGUGGUAGCAUACCACUAUCACUGGUACGCUACCAGAAGAAAAAUGGUACCACUAGUUGAAACAAGAAAAAAAAUCAGAUCUAGAAAAGGGGAGUCGGUGACGGGAAAGAGAGCCAGGGAAGAGGGUGACCUCGCGGUGGCGGCAGUGGUGGGAGACGAAGGGCGGCUAGAGGGCUCCAAUGGGGAGAGGAUGACUGCGCCGCGGUGGUGGGAGGCGGACGUUGCGACGGACCGACGAGAGAGAGAGAGUUGCAAUGGCAGGGGGUGGAGGGAGGCUGAGGAUUGCGGUGACGGCGGCGGUGGCGGUGGAGGGCUACUGCGGGAGACAGGGGCAACGACGCCGGGGGUCGAGGGCUACGGCGAUGGAGGGUGCGGCAGCGGUGGAGGACUGCUGCGAUGGUGGAUGGCUGCGUGAGAGAGGAAGGAGGUGGAGAGGGAGGACUUAGAGUUUUGUUUUUAAUUUAUAUGGGAGGGUAAAUGAAUGUGUGGUAAAUUUUUCCUAUUCCAAAAUAUCCUUCGUUUAAUAUUAACCAUCAAUUUGAAAAAGAGAAGAAAGAGACAAGAAAGAGGGCAUAUCCAAUAGUGAGGAGAUGAGUUGUCAAACUCACAACCCCCUAUGAGGGUUGUCACCGUAUCCCAUCCCUUUCAUACAUAUACUAAAAAAAAAAUAAGGAUGUAUAGUAUUA